AAUGCCUCUUUGCUCUGCGUUGAUCACCGCGGCUUGCCAGAAACAAACACCCCAUUUCUCCCUAGGAUGAGGGAAGAAAAAACACACUUCUUUCCCUCGGCUCUCUCGAAUUUCCCCCUCUCACAGUUUCCUCCCACUUUCCUCUCACGUCCGCCUCACGAUUUUUGUUUCGGAGGAACCUAAUUCCUGAAUUGGAUUCUCUUCCGUUGAUAGCUCCAAUCUGCAAUCACUGAUAUGGGUGUGUACGACGGGAACCCGUCGAAGGAUGCUGCCCCCGGUCUGGAACCACGGCCUAUUUGGACCCCAGCCGCCGAGCCGGCCGCCGCUGGCCUCGCCGAACAGUUCUCGGCGCUAGGCAUGGGCGAUCCCUCUAAAGGCGGCCUUUUCCAAGUUAUGAAGGCCAUGGAGGACGCAGAGAGCACCAUCAGGCAACAGUUGGAUGACAAUAAUCACUUAAGAGAGCAACUUUUACAACGAACACGAGAGCUGGAGAAAUAUAAAUUAGAAUCUGUGACUAGAGGCGCUUCUGCUGAUGACUUGAUAGAUGAACCAUCCUUGGGAAUAUAUGAAGCUCAUGCGACAAAUUAUUCAGUUGGAAAUGAAGCAGACAAGGUGAAAUUAAUGAACCAUGGGCCUUCAACAAAUUCGGAUGGUUUAGUAAUUCCAAGAGAUGGUAUCCGAGGAAGUGAUGGGCCUUUCUUACGACCUAACUCUAGAAACCAUCAGUAUUCUGAAGGCAUCAAAGUGAAUGGGAAUUUGAAGGUCUCUGCUGGAUUGCAGGGUGUUCCUGACAGUGCUGGUCAAUCUCAGUUCUCGACACCAUCUUCAAGGUCUAUUUCUCCAAGCAGGCAUCGAAGGGAAGGAGAGUAUGAACCACGGCUCAAUUCAGCAGGGCAUGGGCUGAUGCCAGUUUCUGAAAUGAACUCAAACGUACUCUGGAAACAGGAUCUUAUUAUUAAGGUUAGAGAGCAUGAAGAAGAGAUUUCAAUGUUAAGAAAACAUCUUGCCGACUACUCAAUGAAGGAAACUCAAAUGCACAAUGAGAAGUAUGUUCUAGAAAAGCGCAUUGCUUAUAUGCGAAUGGCAUUUGAUCAGCAGCAGCAAGAAUUGGUUGAUGCUGCAUCAAAAGCUCUUUCCUAUAGACAAGACAUAAUUGGGGAAAACAUUCGCCUAACAUACUCAUUACAGGCCGCUCAGCAAGAAAAGACAACUUUUGUUUCUUCUUUGGUGCCACUUCUUUCAGAAUAUGGUCUCCAGCCUUCUGUGCUUGAUGCUCAGUCCAUUGUUAGUAAUCUGAAGGUUUUAUUCAGACAUUUGCAAGAAAAACUCAUAAUCACUGAGGAGAAGUUGAAAUACUCUCAAUACCAGUUAGCUCCAUGGCAUCUGGAACCGGCUAAUGACACGAACCUUCCUUCACAAUCACCUUCUCAUCCUCUUGGUGCAAACCUUGUCACGUCUAACAAAGGCCUUGAGAUUGUGCCACAGCCAACAUUUACUCAUGCACAAUCUCCUGGGUCUUCUCCAGCCAAUAAUGCUCGGCCAAAAGAAUGGGAGGGACUGGGCAAUCAUAAUCAUGCUAUUCUCAGCAACGUUGCUACAAAAAAUCAGGAUCUCAAUAUUUUGGAAGGAAACAUUCUUUCUUUGAAUAGGAAUGUGGCACAAAAUAUGCCAACCCAUUUAAGCAAAGGAUACCCUCAUGCUGUACAUUUUAGUGCCGAGUCAAGAAAUCAGAAUCCAUCAUUCAAGGACCUUGCUAGAAACAAUGAAACAGAUGAUUCUGAAGCAACUAAUGUUCCACAGGGGAGAGAACCUGCUGACCAUUGGGUUCCUGCUAACUCUCCUUACCUAUCUUCUGGACUUGAUGAUCCCAACUCAUCUUAUCCUUACCUGCCGCCCGUCCUUGAGGAGCCAAGUUCUUCAGUUUCUGAAGCUGCAGAAGAUGAUCCAUUGCCUGCAAUAGAAGGUCUUCAGAUUUCAGGCGAAGCUUUUCCAGGAAGAGAACUUCAAGCGGGUGGGUACUCCAUCAAUGGAACAACCAGUUGUAAUUUUGAGUGGGUACGCUAUCUAGAAGAUGGUUCAGUGCACUAUAUAGAAGGAGCAAAGCAACCCAAGUAUCUCGUUACUGCUGAUGAUGUUGACUCUUAUCUUGCCAUUGAGGUUCAUCCAUUAGAUGACAGGAAACGGAAGGGUGAACUAGUUAAGGUAUUGGCGAAUGAUCAAAGAAAGAUAACUUGUGAUCCUCCAAUGCAAGAACAGCUAGAGAAAACUCAUUCUGUUGGGCAUGCAUCAUAUGAAGUUGCAUUAUCAGCCAGAUAUUUGGAUAUAUGGGAGCAAGCUGUUUUAGCAAUCAAGAGGGAAGCUUAUAGUAUCAAGUGCAAUGGACCACGUGGUGUUGUUGUGACAGAGAAGUUCUUGCCGAAUACAACCAUUACUAUUCCAUAUGGACACGAAACAGAAUUUUCAAUCCAAUGUUCUAAUGGUGCUGAAUAUCUUUUGAGGGCCAGAGACAGCUGGUUAAGAGAUACAAUUGUGCUAACCCUGAGAUUGUUCAAAAAGAUG